AUGAGCGGACGCCCUAGGACCACGUCAUUCGCCGAGGGCAGCAAGUCCGUUCGAAAGACAUUUGAAAAUCAACCACCGAAACCAAUAGGAGGCGUAAAAAUUAGCAGCGACGUGGAUACACCAAAAAAGGCCGAGCUGGCUUCGGAUAAGAAAACUACUUCAUCACAUCGCAAGGACGGGUCGAAGGUGACGACCGUGGUGGCGACGCCGGGGCAGGGCCCCGACAGGCCACAAGAGGUCAGCUAUGCCGACAUGAAACUUAUCGGAAACGGCAGCUUCGGCGUCGUGUACCAGGCCAAGUUAUGCGAUACCGGCGAACUAAUUGCCAUCAAGAAGGUGCUCCAGGAUAAAAGGUUUAAGAAUCGAGAGCUGCAAAUCAUGCGACGACUGGAGCAUUGUAAUAUCGUCAAAUUGAAAUACUUCUUUUACUCUAGUGGAGAAAAGGUGGCAGUGCCCGACGCAGUUAGCUCUCUGCUAAACGCAAUGCAGUCUCUAGAAGUCGCAAAAGACGAAGUGUACCUGAACUUGGUGCUGGAGUACAUACCAGAGACAGUGUACAAAGUUGCACGUCACUACUCCAAAGAUGAACAAACCAUACCAAUUAGUUUUAUAAAGCUAUACAUGUACCAGCUGUUCAGAAGUCUAGCGUACAUCCAUUCGCUGGGCAUCUGCCACCGGGAUAUCAAGCCGCAGAACCUGCUGCUGGACCCCAAGACGGGCGUGCUCAAGCUGUGCGACUUCGGCUCGGCCAAGCACCUGGUGCGCGGCGAGCCCAACGUCUCGUAUAUCUGUUCGCGCUACUACCGUGCGCCCGAGUUGAUAUUCGGCGCUAUCGAUUAUACUACUAAGAUUGACGUAUGGAGCGCGGGUUGCGUGGUGGCAGAGCUUCUCCUCGGACAGCCGAUAUUCCCGGGAGAUUCGGGCGUCGACCAACUCGUGGAAAUCAUCAAGGUCUUAGGUACUCCAACACGAGAACAAAUACGCGAGAUGAAUCCGAACUACACAGAAUUCAAGUUUCCACAAAUUAAAAGUCAUCCUUGGGCAAAGGUUUUCCGCGCGUGCACGCCGCCGGACGCGAUCUCGCUGGUGUCGCGGCUGCUGGAGUACACGCCGGGCGCGCGGCUGUCGCCGCUGCAGGCGUGCGCGCACAGCUUCUUCGACGAGCUGCGCGAGCCGCACGCGCGGCUGCCCAACGGCCGCCCGCUGCCGCCGCUGUUCAACUUCACCGAGUACGAGCUGGCCAUACAGCCCUCGCUCAACGACUUCCUCAAGCCGCGCGCCGCGCCCGCGCCCGACGCCGCGCCCGCCGCGCCCUCCGGCGGCUCCGGAACGCCCGCCGCUGAACACGACGCCCAAGGUGAGAACGCAGCGAGCGGGCCGAGCGGCGGGUCGCCGGGCGCGUCG